AUGAUGAGAUACGCUACUUUGGCUCUGGCCACUGCCGGCCUGGCAUCUGCCCAGACCUUUUCGCUGUGCAACCCCGUCAAGGGCGAUGCCUGCCCUGCGAACCCGGCCUUUGGCGGCGAAGCCAGCUAUGACUUCCGCACCUCCAAGAACAUCGACGACCUGGAGUCCUUUUUCAUCGUCGACGGCGGCGUCAAGUACAACACCAAGGUCAUGUCCUUCUCCCCCGACACGGGAGCUGAGAUGACCAUCUUCGAGGAGAGCAACGCUCCGACGCUCACCUCCAAGAACUACCUCUUCUUCGGCAAGGUCGAGGUCGAGCUCCAGGCCGCCCCGGGCCGCGGCAUUGUCACCAGCAUCGUCUUGCAGUCCGACGCCCUCGACGAGAUCGACUGGGAGUUCGUCGGCGCCGACCAGACCCACGUCCAGACAAACUUCUACGCCCUCGGCAUCAACGACUACACCCGCGCCCGCUACUACGAGGUGCCCUUCAACCCCAUGACCUCGUUCCACACCUACACCAUCGAGUGGACCAAGGAGUCCAUCGUCUUCUCCAUCGACGGCAAGGUCUACCGCACCGCCACCCCGGCCGAAGGCAACUACCCCCAGACCCCCAUGCAGCUGAAGCUCGGCACCUGGGUCGGCGGAAAGGGCACUGCCCAAGGCACCAUCGACUGGGCCGGCGGUCUUGCCGAAUGGGAAAAGGCCCCGUUCGCCGGCCACUACCGCUCCCUCAAGGUCUGGGACUACGCUGGCGGCGAUAAGGCCGGCGCCAAGCAGUACGAGUACAACAAGGGCUCCGACGGCACCUGGCAGAGCAUCAAUGUUGUUGGCGCCGGCGACAAGGCGAGCAUCGGCGGCGUCGGCUCCAGCAACGGUGCCAAGGACGGCAAGCCCAUCGGCGAUGACAAGGCCGCCCAGUCGGACCUCCCCGUCUUCUCCAAGAUCAGCACCUCGGCCCCGGCCUCCACCACCGCCGCCCCCAUCUCGUCGGUCGUCGCCAACACCACCAUUAUCACCAGCACUACACGUGCCAACAACGCCACCUCGUCGGCCCUGACGAGACCUGGUUCGAGUGCCAGCUCCCCCAGUGGCUCCGCCAACGCCCAGACGACUCUUCCCACCACCACCGGCGGCGCUCCCGCUCAGUCGAGCACCCCCGCCGCCGCCGCUGCUGCCGCCCCGGCUCUGCAGGCCAGCCUCUUCGUCGGCGGUCUCGCUGCUUUCUUUGCCGCCAUGAUUAUUUAG